GAAGCCUAAUCAAAAUAUUUGCCAGUGGCUCUCUCCUCUUCCCGGUGAAUUGAUCGGCGAUGGCGGCAUGAAAAGAAGAGCUUGAAAACUGAAACAUAUUUCUCGCGCCAAACGGAAGCGGAAAGCCAGCGAACGCCCCUGGAAACUCGGAUCCUCCUCAAAACCGAGCGGAAGCCCCCCCAAUCCCCGCAGCUCUGCUCCUCCCUCCCGUCUCCUUCCCCUCCCGAUUGCCGGUUGGAAUUCCCUCGAUCUCUUCCCCUUGGAUAUUCCACGCCGGUGCUAUGAUGUGAUCACAUCCACGCGGGGCUUAUGGGGAGCGGCGCUGAGACAUCCCCGAGAUGGGCGACGGUGGCGCGGCUCGGAUCCGGCGGCGGCGGCGGCUGUGCUUGGUCGAGCGAGCUCGAUCAUGUGCCGCUCGCGCGGAGGAGGGAUUGGCUGAUGAAGUCGAGGCCUCGCGCGGGUGGCGUUCCUCCGAAUUGCGCCGCGCCUGUGCGAGAAGUGGAGAAGCCAGUCGCGGGUGGCGGAGAUGGUCUUGUUGCUAAGAAGGAAGACGAGGACUGCGAUGUGCAGGUUGAUAGUGGAGGAGAUUUUGCAGGCAAUGAGAUUUGUUCUGAGUCAGAGAGAAUACGGAAAUGUUCCAUCAAUGGAAAAUCCUCACGGGGUCGAAAUCAGUCAGGGGAAGUUCAUGAAAAGAAUGUACAGGAUGAAUGUGGAACUAUGGCAUUUGAUACAUCACGUGAUACCACAGCAAUACUUCUAGGUCAUACCUCAGUUGAUACUUCAGCAGUAUUCCCUUCCAGAGAAAGUGAAUGGUUUGGAUUUCCUGAUAAUGGUUUGGAUGGUGAACCUGCAAAAUUUCAAAAUCGAGAAAAAGUUGAUUUCAUGUGCUCACCCAUGCGAUUGCCUUUGGGGGAAAACCAGUCUAAUAUGCAGAAUAAUGUUCCUGAAGCCAUGCAUGAUAUGAUAAUUUCAAACAGUGUAACCUCAAGUAAAGUUAAAAUUGAACCUUUUGAUGACAAUGACUUGCUCAACCAGCAAAUUUCUGCUGUUGAUGUAUCCCACUUGUUAGAUUCAGAAAUGAGAUUGAACAAAAGAAAUGGUGAAAUUCAAGAUGAUGGGUGGUCAGAUGAACUCGACCAUGUUCCGCUGCUACUACGAAGAAAAAUGUUGUUAGCAGGCAGGAAGGUUCCAGGUGCAGAAAGCCCUAAAUCUGCUAUAUCUAAAGUAAAUGACAGCGCAUGCACGUCCCAUCAUGAUGUUGCAGUUGUAAAGGAAGAGAAACAACUUCAUCCUUCGGGUCUCCCAGGAGAUGACUAUGUAAAGAAUAUUGAUGGAAUUACAAGGGAUGAGAUCCAGCCUUUGCUAGUGUCUACUGGAUUUGACUCAUGUGACAUGUUGGAACGAGGUGAUUCUGAUAUAUGUGGAAGUAUGGUGACAGAUGCAUCUGAUACCUCUGUUUCACAAUGUUGUUUUGGAGCUAAUCAAGUUUCCUCAUUGCCUAUUGUAUUUGAGAGUAUUCCGUCAAGUAAGUCAAGAGAUUUUGUGGAACUUCAAAAAUGUGUAGACACUGCUCUAUCCAAGGGGAAAUUGCCCAAGUCAAAUUUGUGCGAUGUACAGGAUCCUGGUUUAUGUCCAAUGAUGAUAACAAAGCCUGCUGCAGCUUUGAAACAAUCUACCAAAGUUAAGAUUGAACCUCCAGAUCAUCAUGCCAUGCCAAAGAGUGAUGAUACUUCCAAGGAUAACUUAAACGUGAAGAUGCUACCGGUAAAGAGUGAAGCACAAGACUCUGAUGAUUUUUCAUCAGACAAGGUGGACCAUAUGCUGCUGCAAGAACGUUUAGAACUACUGACAUCACGCAUAGACUCUGUGGCUGAUACUAAUAAGACAUACAGUUGUUACACCGAACUCAUCCCUUCUGUAUGUGGAAGCAGUCAUCCAAUUCCAGAAUCCGUUAAGCUGACUCUGCCCAAGCGUCUGCGGAAAAGAAAAAAAACUGCCACCGAUUCAGUUGAAACUGCCUUGGAAGAAGAUGUACCAGGACUUCUGAAGGUGUUACUUGACAAAGGGGUUACAGUUGAUGAAAUUAAGCUUUAUGGGGAGGCAGAGAGCAAUGAACUUGUGGAAGAAUCUUCUGGCAAUAAUGGCUUUGCCGAGCUUGAAGAUGUAAUAUCAAAGCUUUAUUCUCAGCGUCAAUCUUUCUUGAAAUUUCCACCUAUACGUGGCUCAAAGGAUGCAAAAAUUAGUUAUUGCCUGGCUUGCCUUCUCUCUCUGGUGGAGCAGACACGAUAUCUGCAUUUCCGGAAGUGGCCAGCUGAAUGGGGUUGGUGCCGGGACCUCCAAUCAUUUAUAUUUGUCUUUGAAAGGCAUAACAGAAUAGUCCUGGAACGUCCGGAAUAUGGGUAUGCCACAUAUUUCUUUGAGCUGGUUGAUUCACUGCCUAUUGAUUGGCAGAUUAAGCGGUUGGUGAUUGCCAUGAGGCUAACUAGCUGUAGCAGGGUGGCCCUAAUCGAAAACAAAGUGCUAACGGUUGGGGAAGACUUGACUGAAGGUGAAGCACGGGUCUUAAUGGAAUACGGCUGGGUACCAAAUACUGGCUUGGGCACGAUGCUUAACUAUUGCGACAGAGUCUAUCAUGACCAAAGGAAUGAGAUGGAUAUCUCCGAAUGGAGGGUGAAGAUAGGGAAGUUGCUGAUCGAGGGCUAUAAUGGGGGAAGCAUUGUCCCGACCAACAUCGGAAAGAUAACAGAACAUCGGAGUUCAAUGGAACGUGAAAGCCUGGAGAUCUCACAGGUUAAAAUGGAGGCGGGGCUUUAGUUUAUCGUAAUGGUCAAAUUGUACAUACUUCUUGAAAGCUGGCUGAUGACAAUCCACCCUAGAAGUAGAAACUUAGAGCGUAAUCUGUUUUUUCUAGAUAGAAGUUAUGUGCUGACUAUUAGCAAAGUGAGCUCUAACUUACGCUAGUCAAUUAGUUUGUUCUUUCAGAUGUACACUUCGCACUGUUGGAGAUUAUUUCAUUAAUUCGAGCACAUCAUGAUAUCUAUAAAGAAAUAGGGGUUGCCUUGGGAUGAUUAGA